AUGUCGCAUGAUGUUCCCCCCCUGGCGCGCCACCGCUGCUCGGCGCCGAAACACCGCGCGCUGCGAGACGGCUUCCACAUUCCGCGCUCCACCUCGCAGCCCCUCUUCGUGUACGACAGCAGCGCCCGCCACGCGACCGUGUUCCAGCUCACGGCGACCGCCGCGUCAGGGCGCAUGAUUCCGGUACCGAGCCUGGACUGGCUGCGGGAGUGCGGCGCGCGGUUUGCGGACCUCGUCGUGGUCACCCCGCCCUUGGACUACUUGGACGAGCAAAACGUGUACACGCCGACCGCCGACGCCACGGUGCUCCGCGACGUGUACCACCUCGCGCUGCGCGGCGAAGACAUAUCGCCCGCGUGCACGGCUGCUGCGCUGAAGGCGGCGUUGGGGGCUCGGUCUGCAUCCUCGUCGACAAUGGCAGGGCGGUAG